UUGUUUACAUUGCUGACAAAGUAGAUACAACAGAGAGCCGGUUUAUCAUUCUUAUUCCGUUUUGGGCAUUCUAUAAACGUUUUCCGCAAAGGGUUGAAAGUCACAAGGAUGUCUCACUCUUAUAUUGCAAAGCUAUGGGCUUUCCUUUUAACAGCCACGACGGUAGCGUCAAGCACUGAAGUGUGCGAGUCAGGUUUAAAAAGAUCUCCAACCAUAAAGACUUUUUCCUUGGGUCGUUUUAAAGAACACAAAGGGUCCUAUCUAAAUGUUCCUGCAUUCUCUACGAGUUUGGUGAAGAAGAAGACCAUGUGCCAGGUUAAAUGCCUGAAGGAAAAAUCGUGUGUGGCUAUGAACGUCGCCUCAAGCGCUAAUCAUGUGGGGGAGUUCUGGUGCGAGCUUCUAUCUGACGACAAGUACAACUCUUUUGUCAAAUUUGGUCCCAACUCCACAGCCGACCACUAUAGCAUCUAUUCUCCUUGCCAGUCCAACCCUUGUCUUCAUGGAAGCCGUUGCCAAGCAACGUACACUGAUGACACGUAUACAUGCGCUUGUUUACAAGGAUAUACUGGAAGGCACUGCGAGACGGACAUAAAUGAAUGCCAAAGCAAUCCCUGCCUAAAUGGAGCCAAGUGCAAUGAUCACGUGAAUGGAUACACGUGCAAGUGUGCGCCGGGAUAUACUGGCAUCGUAUGCCAACAAGACAUAAAUGAAUGCCAAAGUAAUCCUUGCCUAAAUGGAGCCACGUGCAAUGAUCACGUGAAUGGAUACACGUGCAAGUGUGCGCCGGGAUAUACUGGCAUCGUAUGCCAACAAGACAUAAAUGAAUGCCAAAGUAAUCCUUGCCUAAAUGGAGCCACGUGCAAUGAUCACGUGAAUGGAUACACGUGCAAGUGUGCGCCGGGAUAUACUGGCAUCGUAUGCCAACAAGACAUAAAUGAAUGCCAAAGUAAUCCUUGCCUAAAUGGAGCCACGUGCAAUGAUCACGUGAAUGGAUACACGUGCAAGUGUGCGCCGGGAUAUACUGGCAUCGUAUGCCAACAAGUUUGUUCCCAGGCCCUUGGAGUGCAGUAUCGAUCCAUCAUUCCAGACGCCCGAAUGACCGCAUCAAGCUACUGGGAUUUUGCGCAUGCACCUUGGAAUGGACGCCUUUAUAACGUGUACGUCAGCGACUCAGUGAAUCGGGGAAUGUGGACGGCAGGACAUACCUCGGUCGGGCAAUAUCUCCAGGUCGAUAUUGGGCGAUUAGCUGGCGUAACAAAGGUAGCAACUCAAGGUCGACCAUGGCAAGAUACUCAGUUUGUGACGAGCUACAAGAUAGGCUACAGCACUGAUCUUAUCAACUGGGCUAUCUACCGAGAAGGAGGAAUCGAAAAGGUUUUUCCAGGCAACACAGACGCAAGUAGCACGGUCUUUAACUAUUUUACUGCACCAUUUCCAGCUCGUGGUGUCCGGUUCAUCGCUCAAUCCUGGUAUCGUUAUAUUUCAAUGCGUGUGGAAAUCUAUGGAUGUGGCUGAAAAGAUUAUGCGAAGAAACACUCUAGACACUUAACAGAGAUUUCACCCUCCACCAAAAAAUACAUGCGGCAGCAUGUAACAAAUUAACAAAAACCUUUUAACAAAUACGCCAGCUUCCAAUGGACUAAAAGUAUUUUUUUGAUGAAGCCAAGGGUGGUAGGAACAGUGAUUGUCAGGCUAAAUUCUGAUAUUGAACAACUUAAAACUCUUGAAUUUGGUUGAAAUGUACCUUGUUUGCGACGCGCUCGGGUUCUUUAAUCAAACACAGGGAGCGCGUCUCAACAAGGCAUAUUUCAGCCAAAUUAGAGGGAAAUUCUUACAAACACUGUUCCUACCGCCCUUGUAAAGCUUGCUAGCCGGUUCUUAUUGUAUUCGGGAUUAAUGGUAUAACUAGAAAAACUACAGGCAAGCUGUAGAAAAACUGGAUGGUCUGCGUAGGCGUGGUGUAGACAAGGUAUAAAUCAACACAAGGUUAAAUGUUAAACGCCUCUGUGAAACGACGGAUUAGUUGGGCUGACGUUUCGAGCGUUAGCCCUUCGUCGGAGCUCCUUGCAUUCGGGAUUAGUCGGAAAUGUUUGCGAAUAUUAAAUCCCACUUGCCCCAGUCCACCUCGACCUUCGCGCGCACCACAGGGUUCCCGAAAAUAAACAUAUUUGAAUGUCUUCCGAAUAAGUGCUGGUUAGCAGGCUAUUAUGGACGUUUGUUUUGUUAGCUACGAGAUAUAGCUUGUUAUCACACAGUUAGCGUUGAUUCUACUUCGCCAUUGCGAAGUCACGUGUGAGAUAGCGCGCGCGAAAGAAAACAGGCAGGCAGUUUUUGCGUUCGGAUUCGAGCAGGCCGGUCAACGACUCGUUGACCACAUCCGAAAAGCAUAAACAAUGGCGAAAGACGAGGAAUUCAACGACGAAAUACUACAAGCAGACCCAGAGCGAGAUAAAAAUAGGCUUCUUCGCCAGUUAUUGACAACUAUGAACGCCAAUAUGUGCGAAAUGAGCGGAUCACUCAGAGCUCUCAAACGUGGCGCAAAUGGCGACCAUGAGGCAGACCCUGCCAUAAAAGCCGCAAAGACGGCAAAUACUGCUUCGAAUGCGAAGUCAGAGGGGAUUUCUGACACUGCUAAAGAUCUCCUAGACUUCAACAAAAAUGAGAGCAAGGCUGCAGAGCCGGAAGAACAGCAUUCCAUUCACGAAUCGCUGUUAGAUGACCUUGCUAAACCGAUCGACACGAAGGAGCGAACGGCAGAGCCGGUGAAUCAAAAAUUGGCUGACGGGGCCAACAAAAGCUGGCUUAAGAAGCUAAGCGAAGAACAUUCAAGGGACACAGCAGACAAAUACCUGCGUCCUAAUAUGUAGCCAUGUUGUGGUCCCCAAAGUAAACGAAGAAAUCUGGGGAAAAUUAACACGACAAGUGAAACAAAGGAUGUCAAAUUUUCCCGCCUUCAAAACAACAUAACCCAGGCUGGCCAUAUGGCAGUGAAAACUGCGGACUCUUUGCUUAAAUUGUCAGCCAAAGCUGACAAAGAGUUUCUCGCAGAGUUGGGAAACCUUUUAACUCUUUCGACGGAUGCUCUGACAAUUUUAGGGCAUGCCAGUUUUUAGCUAUCUUAGCUAGAUGACAUAAAGCCUCACCUUAACAAGGAAUAUGGCGACCUGUGUGCCGCAAGUGUACCGGUGACAGAGUGGUUGUUUGGGGAUGAUUUACAAACCAAACUAACUCACAUUCAAGCUGCUAACAAAACUGGAAAUACUGCCAGUGUUUCUACAUUCAACAGACCCAACAGCAGGUCUAACAACAGACCUAAUAACAGGAAUUUGUUCAGCCCGAGCACCGCCGGCUCAGGGUCGGCAGAACUGGCAGAACAACAAAGGCAAGUCGCCAUUCAUCCCUCGCGCGAACAGCGCACGGAUCAACAACAAAGGAAGUAGAUUCCGUAGAUGUUGUUUUACAGCCGGCUAAGAUGAGCGAAUUUGAGUCCCUUGUACCGUCACUUGUCGAGGUAUACAGGCUUAAAGCCAAAAAUUUUCUAGCGGGCCAACUUCCAUUUUAUAUUAAUGUGUGGAAAACACUUACCUCUGACCCAGAAAUUUUGGAAACUAUGGCGGGACAGCACAUCGAUUUUACCACAAUUCCUGAACAAACUAAUCCUCCUUUUCAGCUAACAUGGCAUGUAGUGGUGUGUGAGUUCUCUAAAUCAACGUCCGCAAGAGUUUCUAAUAGUACGACAACUCGUUCACGUGCAAUCCAGCUCGGCACCUUUCGCCGCUUUUAUUCUUUGUGAUACGCGUUCGCACGUAAUAUUAAAACUAAACGUAAACAAAGUACAUAAUUACAAUCAAUAGCUCAAUAUAAAAAAUCUAACGGGAAAUGAACUUACUACUCUUGAGCCUUCAUUCUUGGCGACACACAUUCAUUGGUGACUCUUCGCCAUUCUCAUAGCCUGCUUGCAGGCGAUACUCGGUGUUAUCAUCGCGGAAAACCUCGCCCCCAGGAACCGUGCGGCUUAGAAUACAAUAUGGCGCCCGAUCAUCGAACGGAAAGGGUUUUCCGCGAUGAUAACACCGAGUACCGCCUGCAAGCAGGCUACCAUUCUCAUUCACACACACUCAACAACAACAACACGUGACACUUUUGGCGGCAUUUGGGCCGCCUGUGGUGUAUCGACGCUACAUGGCAUGACAGUGAGGCAGAGUUAAUAGACACAGAGGUGCACAACCUUGUCGCAUCAGGUGUCAUAGUAGAGACUAGUCACGAACAGGGCGAAUUUAUCUCCCCUAUCUUUUUGCAACGCAUGAUACUCAAUCUAAAACAAUUAAACAAAUUUGUGACUUACCACCAUUUUAAAAUGGACACUAUCUCUACAGCAGUUGACAUGAUGAAACCUGACUGUUACAUGUGCUCAGUGGACUUAAAAUCCGCCUAUUAUUCAGUUGCAAUUGCACCAGAACAUCAAAAAUUUCUUAAGUUUUCUUGGCGUGGUAAACUUUACCAGUACACAUGUUUUCCAAAUGGCCUGGCUUUUUGCCCUAGAAAAUUUACCAAGCUACUUAAGCCUGUAUACUCGACACUUCGACAAUCUGGUCACCUUUCUGUGGCCUAUAUCGAUGAUUCCUACCUGCAGGCAGACAGCUAUGAACUUUGUGUUGAGAAUGUCAUUGAUACUCUUACACUAUUUAACAAAUUUGGCUUUGUUGUACAUCCAGAAAAGUCAGUUCUAGUGCCCACUCAGAAAUUGGUUUUCCUUGGGUUUAUACUAGACUCUACAUCUAUGACAGUGUCUCUAACACCUGAUAAAGCUACCAAACUUAAAGAAACCUGUCAGUUACUCUUGCUUAAAAAACGGCCAUCAAUCAGAGAAGUGGCUAAAGUUCUGGGGCUGAUGACUUCUAGCUUUCCAGGCAUACUUUAUGGCCCAUUACACUACCGAUAUCUUGAGAUGGACAAAACACAGACCCUUAAAACUAACAAGGGUAAUUUUGACAGCCAUAUGAGCUUAUCACCAGAGGCAAUAGAAGACCUUAAUUGGUGGAUAUGUUCAGUUGAGAACGAAUGUAAACCAGUCCGCCAUGGGAAGAUACAACUUACUUUGGCUACUGAUGCUUCAAAAAAGGGGUAGGGUUGCACAGUGCAGGAUACUCCCUCGGGGGGUAACUGGACCCCAUCUGAGGCAGAAUACCACAUAAACUACCUUGAGAUCAAGGCAGUCUUUUUGGCUUUACAAGCAUUCUCACAUAUUGUCUCUCACAAAUGUGUAAAAAUUUUUGUUGAUAAUACAACUGCUGUAGCAUGUAUCAACCAAAUGGGAACCUACCAUUCUAGAGAGAUAAAUGCACUUGUAAUACAAAUUUGGAAUUGGUGCAUUGAACAUGAUACCUGGAUAACUGUCGCUCAUAUUCCCGGGAAAGAAAAUAUCACUGCAGAUAGCGAGUCUAGAAAGCAAAGAAGGGAAACAGAGUUGGCUUUAGACACUGACAUAUAUACAGCCACAGUGGCUAAACUUCAGAUAAAGCCUGACAUUGAUCUAUUUGCAUCAAGGCUUAAUUUUAAAUGCAGAGUCUAUAUCUCAUAUCAACCUGACCCAGGGGCAUAUGCUGUUAAUGCAUUUCAUACCUCCUGGAAAAACCGGUGUUUUUAUGCAUUGUCCCCCAUGCAGCAUUAUUCAGAAAGUUCUGAGUAAAAUUUCUGAGGACCCAGGCAACUGGUAUCCUAGUUGCCCCUCAUUGGCCGACCCAACCAUGGUGGCCAUUUCUUGCAAGUUUACGUAUAGAACCACCUCUUAUUUUACCCAGAAAGAAGAACACCCUGUACUUACCAUCCAGUUCUGAGCUGAGACAUCAACUCCACAAGACCCUACAGUUGUUGGCUUGCCCCCUGUCAGGGAACUGCACACAAGUCAAGGCCUUUCAGCAUCAGCUUCCGAAGUUAUCCUCCAGUGAUGGAGGUUAGGAACACAGAAACAGUAUCACUCAUAUCUCAAACAGUGGAAUGUUUACUGUAGUCAACGGGAGAUUAAUCCACUUUUGGCAUCUGUGAUUGAUGGAAUAAACUUCCUGGGUGUCUUGUACGAGGAACAGCUUCAAUACAGUGCUAUCAAUACAGCUCGUUCAGCAUUAUCUUCAGUUAUAUUCCCACCUGGAGGUGGUACGUUUGGGACACACCCAUUGGUCACAAGAUUUGUCAGAGGAGUAUAUAAUGCACGCCCAACAUUCCCAAGAUAUCAGGAAAUAUGGGAUGUUGCUGUUGUUCUCAGUUACCUGAAGACCCUACACCCUCCAGACAAAUUAUCCGUUAUGGAACUGACAAUGAAGACUACAAUGUUAAUUGCCUUAUUGUCGGGCCAGCGUUGCCAAACUCUACAUGCAUUGAAUAUAUCCACAAUGGACUUAACAGAUAAACAUUGUAUAUUUUACAUACAGGAACUUUUGAAAUUCUCAAGGCCUUCCAAACACUUCGGACGCCUGGAACUUAAAGCGUAUGAGAAUGACAAGCGAUUAUGUGUUGUUACUAUCAUCAAAGAAUAUGUUGAAAGAACAAAGUUGUUGAGGGGCAACGACCCUCGUUUCCUUAUAAGCUUUCAAAAGCCCCAUAAGCCAAUUUCCACUGACACUAUCGGUCGAUGGCUUAAGAAAGUUCUUGCAAAGUCUGGUAUCAACAUCAAUAAGUACAGUGCCCACAGUACACGUUCUGCAUCAAUGUCAGCUGGGAAAACUGCAAACAUAUCCAUUAAGACCAUAAUGGAUGCCGCAGGAUGGUCUAAUGUAGGAACUUUCAGAACAUACUAUGACAAACCAAUAACCCAAGAGCCAGAUAAUUUUGGUGUUAACCUGUUACAUGCAGUGGACUCUGAUGUUUAAUGUGAUAAUAAAAACCUUACUGAGAA